CUUGUCGCCUGCCCGACAUAUUCGCAUACUGAGCAGCGCUACAUACAUAUAGCGCCAAGCUCCACACAUUGUGGCGAAGUAGCUACGCGACUAGUAAUUUAGGGUCAGCAGCACUACUCGCUUGUGUAUUGUUGCACGUUUCAAUACUCGACUUGUUUGCUGAUUGGCCAAGACAGGUAUAGUAUUGUCUGUGAAAACAAGGAGCGCACGGCCAGCACAUCCACUCGUAAAUCGGGGCAGCUUCUCUUUGGUGACCAGGCGCUGGAUCGUGCGGACUUUCUGUACAGAGGCAAGCUAUUGGUGUUGCGAGUUAGGGGGCGCCGCGUGCAGUCGCUGCGCUGGCAAGCGCGCGCCAUCACAUCGGGCGGGUCACUGGGUCACUGCGGGCGGCCUGCGUUGUAAGAAUAUAUGAUGCAUCACAAUUUGAAGUCUGCAUAUUGGUAUUCCCUGGCACUCGAUAUGUUACCAAUGCGACAAGGGCGGCUCGCCCUUGCCGCCCUCGGGCUACUGCUGCUUGCUGCGGCUGGCCACGCCAGUUACCUCGUCCCCAACGGCGCCUCAAAGUUCCCCUUUGAGGGCUGCAAGCUGUCGGCGCAGGUCAACCGCUGGACGGUCAGCCUGUUCUCGUACAAUGAGGACCCCGUUCGGGGCAGCCACGCCUGCUUCCAGUUCCAUAUCAAGGACCCGUCCGAGUGCGUGGACGCGGGGCUGCGCUGCUGCAACGGCAUGACGAACCUGAACAAGUUCAAGAUGUUCAUUGACAACGUGUGCCAGCGCGCCGACAUCUUCAACAUCACAGUCAACGGCGGUCAAACCACCGCCGCCUUCAAGGAGUACAUGAAUGACGACCCUGCACGCUCCACGCUCAAGAUCACAAACAUGCAGAUCCCCUUUGCCAAGAUCGAUGGCACCAAGCUGUGCUUCACCCUGCGCGGCACCGCCAACAACGGCAACUGCCCCACGCUGACGGCGUGGGCCAACCCCGUGACGCGCCAGUACGGCCUGCUGGAGCUGGGGUUGUACGACAAGAAGGUGUCCAACUACGAGUGCUGCCCCAUGUUUGUGUUCCCCGUCACUGGUCGCGUGGGGUCGCCGCCGCCCAAGGGCAAUCCCACUGACCAGCCCUCGCCCAACACGCCACCCGCGCCCCCGGAUGCGCCUGCCACGCCAGAGCCCGUGGAGGCACCGCUUUCGCCGCCGCCGCCCCCCUCGCCGCGCCCGCCCUCUCCGCGCCCGCCCUCGCCGCGUCCCUCGCCUCCCAGCCCCAGCCCGUCGGUGAUGCCUGCGCCGCCCAGUCCGCCGCCCCCCUCCCCCCCGCCGCCGUCGCCGCCUCCCCCCUCGCCUCCUCCUCCGUCUCCUCCUCCCCCCUCGCCUCCUCCUCCGUCUCCUCCUCCCCCCUCGCCGCCUCCGCCGUCUCCUCCUCCCCCCAGCCCACCCCCUCCUAGCCCGCCGCCGCCGGUACUGUCCCCACCACCUGUCGACCAGUCGCCGCCUAGCCCCCCUCCCCCCAGCCCGCCUCCCCCCAGCCCGCCUCCCCCCAGCCCUCCUCCCCCCAGCCCCCCUCCUCCUAGCCCCAAGCCGCCCAGCCCCAAGCCCCCCAGCCCUAAGCCGCCUUCGCCGAUCAGGCGCGUUCGCCCCGCCAAGCCUCCCUCGCCGCCCCCGCCCCCUCCCUCACCGCCCGGGGCGACCCCCUGCAAGAAGAAGAAGGGCUGCGCUCCGCCGCCUGCUGGCGGCGUCGCGCCCUGCAAGAAGCGGAAGUGCCGGCCGCCGCCGCCGGAGCAGCUUCCUGACGUCAGCACCCCCUCUCCCGAUCCCUCGCCCUCGAGCCCUUCGCCAACCGGCCCGACCGCGGCGCUGUCGUUCACCCGCGGCGGAUUCCGCUACGACAUCUACGCCGACCGCUCCGCGACGUUCGUAACGGCAGAGGCGGCCUGCGCCGCCGCCGCGGGCGGCUCUGGCCACCUGGUGUCCCUGCUGACGGCCGAGGAGUCCGCGGCCUUGGAGUCCCUGCUGCGGUCCGCCGGCGCGGCGGCCAGCGUGGGCAACGGCUCGAGCGUGUCCCUGUGGAUCGGGCUGCGCAUGCGCCUGGCUGACGGCAAGUUCUGGACCGACGACAACCAACUGGAGUACCUCCCGGUGGCGGACGCGGGCAAUGUGGUGGACGGGGCCUGCUACAGCCUGGUGUGCGGCGCCGCCAGCGGCACCUGCAACUGGACGCCGGCGAUGACGUCCAGCCCCGCCACCGGCUGCCUGAGCUCCACGCAGGACGGCUACGUGUGCAAGACUACGAGCGCCUAAGUGGAGACGGACAGGAUGGACGAGUAUGAAACCACGAAGAAUACAAUCGCGGAUGCAUGGCCGACAGGAGUAGAGUUAGGAGAUUCAUGCUCGAGGCACGCUAUGUGAACUGGGGCACCUUAGCAUCUGGAUGGAGUCUAACUGUCUAAGACCCGGUGCACGGGAUGUGCAGCGUUUGCAAGCAGGCGUUGCGACCCCUGGCGGUCCGGCCGCCUGCAAGCCUGCACGCCACCGAAAGCAACGCUUUCGACGCCUCUGGGUCAGAGAGCUUGGGGAAGUGGAUGAGUGUUAGUCGGACCUAAUUAAUUUUUCCCUCUAGCCCUACUUAAUGUCUUAGCUGCAAGACCAUUGACUGGGCAGGAAAGUGCGGAGCAUCCCGCUUCGUGCAUGGGUGAUACUACCAAUAGGGUGGGGCGCGGCGCGUGGACGAGGGGGGGGCUUGGCCGGCUUGCCCCCUACGGUAGGUGGUUUGGAAGAGGUCACCUGCUGACCUGCGCUGAGUAGGUGGCGCGGGCCUCAGGGCACCUACAAGAUACGGGCACUGAACAAAGAAGUGGAAAGCUGGUUGUGCGUCCAUGAAAGCACCGUGCUCAAAGCCGGGCCAUGUAACCAGUCUUGGGC